GGUCAGUGAUGCAUGACAAGGCUCGGAGCCCCCUCAUCUUUCUCAAUCUCUUCUUCUUAUCGUUUUGUUUCUUCAUCGUUACAUACUACAAUAUAAUUUUUCGUUUCAUUCAUUUCACAAAUAACUUCUAGUUUGAUAUAUUGAUGGCGGAAGCCUUUGGUGUCGCUGCUAGCGCAGUUGGCAUCAUAUCCUUAGCUCUCCAACUCGGUGAUGGCAUCUUGAAACUCAAAUCGUUUUGGGGUGCCGUUAAAGAUGCCCCGGAAGAGAUCUUAUACAUUCUCGAUGAAUUGGACAUAACGCAUGUGCUGCUCACAGAAAUUGAGGAUAGUCUUGGUAGCCAAACGAUAUCGCCUGCAGCCGCUAGAUCGCUUCGGCUAUGCCAAAAAGGUGUGGAUAUAUUGAACAAUGCAGUCAGGGAGCUAGAGGGUGAAAUGGGACGAAGAAAGAAAUGGGGAGGAGUCAAGAUGGUAAUGAAGAAGGAAUUACUUGAGAAAAUGGAGAAGAGACUCGAAAGGGCAAAUUCAUUGAUGAUGAUGGCGCAUCAGAGCUAUAUUGAAAGUUUGAACAAAUCGAGACACCAUGAACAAGUGAGAUUGGCUACGCAGCAAUUCUCAGAGAUGGUGGAAAUUCGAAACACUUUGCAUAGCUUUAACUCGGCUGCAUCUAUCAUCGAAACCCAACGACAGGCAUCUAGCAGUACAAAGAGUCUUCUGAUAAAAUCAAGUGAGAAUGCUACUUCAUGUUCCAGAUCUACCAAAACAUUAUCAAAAUACCAGAAGAUCCUGAAUGCAAAGCUGCGACUUCCUUUCUUCUCGGGUGUAUGGGAGCUAUGUGCCUAUCAACAAUCAAUAUCUGGGUGGACGUUCACAUUGAGAACAUACAACCUUGUUGAUAAUGAAGCGCCUAUAAUGGAAAUGGCCCGCUUUGGGGAUGUAGCUGGUAUGCAGCAACUAUUUCAAAAGCGACAGGCAAGUUUAUUGGACGUAGAUAUAUAUGGGCAAACCAUUCUUCACGUAGGAAAUUCUUCCUCGCGUUGUUUUUGAACUAUUUAAACUGAAAUACCAAGGUUGCGGCCUCUUUUCAAAAUUACCCCGCAUGUCGGUUCUUGAUAGAUCACGGCGCAGAUGCGGACUUGGAGGAUGGUGCGGGUGAACCGGCAUGGGCAUCGUCAUUUGGCCCGUUCAAUAAAGCUAAAGGUUAUUUUGCAGAAAUUCAAUACAUGAUUUCCAGGACCGAUCGUGAUAUCAUUAGUGACUUACCGAGCGCCCUACUGUGCGCUGAUUAUCUUGCCCCUGAAUCAUUUAAAUGGAUACUUCAAUCCACUGAGAAUCCCAUUUAUGAAAGAAGUCACCGGGAACGGGCACUUUUAGUGCUGGAACUUUCCAGAUGCAAUUUACUGAACAUGAAAGAUCUCGCGUGGUUGACCCUUGAUAAUAUGGACAUGGAAACUUGCAACCAAAACUUAAGGCAAGAGGAGUUCGUGAAAUUAUUGCGAGGAAUUGUACAUUGUUUAGGAUUCUUAAUCGCAAAUCAUCGGGCCAUCAGAGUCCGCUAUGGUUUGAUGAUAUCAGAUGGAGAUCAUUUGAAAGAUCAUUUAAAUUUUAUACACGAUCUUCUCGUUGCUGGUUCCAAAUAUCACAACUUUAAAGAUACAUACAAAGGCUACCGUGAAAGUUUCCUUUCUGAAUUGUUGAAGGGGACGACUACAGGUCUUGGAGUAAUAAAGUGUGCAAACAUUGCUCGCCUUGAACGAAAUUUCAAAAAUUCAAUCGAGACAUGGCUCGAUCAACUCAUAUCAGCGGAAAUCGAUCUAAUUGAAUACGGCCAAUGGGAAAAGAAAAUAAACGAUGACGACCCAAUACCUAUAAGCAACUUGCGGGGAGGCUUAUAUCAUUUUUGGGCAAGGAACUAUGUCGUACGUUUUCUGAGUUUUACAUAUGGACCAAAAAGAAGCGACUGGCAGUUCUGGUUUAUUUUUGAAUCCCGAUGUAUACAUGAGGGCUGCAUUAUGGAGUUUUGGGAUAUGGUUGAGAAUCCGGAAAGACAGAUGCCAGGUGCUUGGAAUUUUGAUGCAUAGUCGGAGGAAGUACUAUCAACGAGCAGAUGAUUGAAUAUGCAUGAGUUAGGAGUGGUAUGGCUCUGCUAACGCGAUAUUCUUCAUUUUCAUAUGAGGUGGACUAUUUGCCGACUUGAUUGGAGAAGUAAUUUUGUGGACCUUGCGUCACUGUGGUUAACUUAUGUUCAGCAAUUUGGAAUAUAUGGGCCACUCUUUUGCGUCGGAUGUUGAUUGGGAAUGUGUUCAAGCUUUUGUCUUCAUGAAAUAUUCUGACUGGGAUGUUUUACGAAGAUGGAAACAAUUUAAGUGUGACGUGCGAAGUCCAGUAAAUAUCUUAGGGAAGCAAUGAGAAGCGAGGAAUAAUCACCUGCAACUACCUGAGCAGUUCUGGGAUGUGCUAGCAUACUCAAAUUGUCUGUUAAGUAGAUUCAAACGAAAAGCAAUGCUGUAUACUAGACUCGAUAAAUUCUGAGGUCAAUGACAACAUUGCAAGAACGUUAUAGCUUUUACUACCUGCUGUGUGGACUUUUGUAAUUCAAUCAAUCAGAUAAAACUCCUACAACAAAUCAGAUGCGAUAUGCUAGUGAGAAUCCCAACAAGAACACUUCACUAGAAUGCA